AUGUUUACCAGGAAAUCGUUUGGUAUUGGAUCGUCCACAAUUACCAAGCCAGAGGUUCUGGAACAGCGAGCCCUUCUCUCAAUCAUGUCGCCUUUAGCGAGAAUCGAGCCACAUGGUUCUUUCCUUUUCGAAGCCACAGAAGUUGGCAAUAUUUCCUCUGGCGUUGACGAGGAUGACUUCACUAUCCAGCUUCAGAGCGGCGACGUUGUUUCCGUUGUAGUUGACCCAGAUUCAGGCCUGGCCCCUCAUCUCGAAUUACUGGAUCCCACACUCUCCGUAGCCACCUCAGAUACCACAGCCCUCGGCGUUGACGCCGUAGUCCAAAGCUACACGAUCGAUCAGACCGGUACUUGGACGAUUUCUGUUUCUCCUGAUUCCGGGACUGGUGACUACGGUGUUCGGCUUCUAGUGGGAGGAGCAAUCGAAGCCACUGAUUCGGCGAAUGGUACCGAACUUGCGAUCGACAAUGCGCGACUGGAGCUGGCCGAGGGGCGCUGGUCUGUUGUGGGUGUAAGUUCCUCCGGCGGAGACAUCGAUGAGUAUACGAUCGAUCUCACCGGAAAGAGCAGUAGCGAGAUCAGUGUCAUGCUGGCUGGCCGUGAUGGAACGGACUUCUCCACCGCCACUCUAGAACUACUCGACACAGAUGGCACCACAGUCUUAGCGACAGGCUCUGCGUCGCCACUCACGCAGGCUGCGGAAAAUUACGACCAGGGAAUUCUUGACUUCGACGUUCCCGCCGAUGGCGUGUACACGAUUCGGCUAAAUGCGUCCGUUGACAGCGAAUACGCCAUUUCCGUUGUCGAGAACUCCGCAAUCGACAGUGAAGCAAACAACACACCGGACGACAACCUAGUUAGUCUGGAUGGACGUGAUUCUGCGGUAGGGCAUCUGGGCACUGGCAACCGAGUGUUCGGACUUGUGGCAGAUAACGAUGAAAUCGUUGAAUAUAACGCGGUUACUGGUGACGAGCUAAAUCGUUUUGAUUUACCUGCUUUAUCUGGCGGGGAAGAGUUCUCAGGCGGCAUGGCUUUCAAUGGACAGUCCAUCUACGUAACGACAACCGCCCCAAACUUAUACGAGAUCGAUGCCGAUACGGGCACCGUUCUCUCGAUUCAUUCAUUUUCUAGCUUGAGUAUCACAAUUACCGAACCUGAGAUUGGAGACCUCGGUUUUGUGGCCGGCUAUCUCGCCGUUUCUCAUCUUGGCACAAACGAAGUUUCCUUCAUCGAUACUAUUAGUUGGACAGUGGCUGGUUCAUGGGAAGCAGGUGCACAGCUAUUGCCAGGGCUGGCUGGUGCGGGCUCGCGCGGGUCCGUCUUCAUGACGUUCUACAAUGAAAUCAACAAUCGUCAGAUCGGCGAGUUCAAUGCUGCCAACGGUGAUCUGAUUCAGUCGAUUGAUGUUCCGUUUCUUGUUUCUGAGAUUGACGACAUUCAUUCACCACAUGCAUUCGGUACCAACUUGGCAUUCGCAGGUGGGCAGCUUUUCGUCUCCGGACAGGGCAUAGGAGCGUUCCCCCCCGUACCAUCUGAGUCUAUUACCCUCGUUAUUGAUCCAGACACAGGAGAUCUUCUGGACAUGUACGAGAACGAUGAUGUGGUAGCUUUAGGAGGUGAUGAAGCGGGCGGGCAUGUGAGUAGUUUCAGUCAAGGAAUCAUUGGAAAUCCUUCGAUUCCAACAGUAUCGGAGACUGAGUCGAACAGCACUCUGCUGACCGCGGAUGCGGUCAACGUCGGCACACUCUCGGCACAAGACCGUAUCGUAGCCGUUACCGGGGACCUAGCCACAAGCGACAUCGAUGUAUUCGAAGUAGAACUUCAGGAAGGUGAUGUCUUCGUGGUCGGAGUUUCCGAUGAAGAUGGGUUUAAAUUCGAUGCAACGACCCAACUUCUCGAUUCGACUGGCGCACUAGUUAUGGAAUCGGAUGGUCCCGGAAUCAACAUCUCGACCACUGUGCAUUCACCUAUCGUACGCGGUAAUGCGGGAAGUAUAGUUUUUGUGGCCCCAUCAAACGGCACCUACUUCGUUCGUCUUCAAGAUGCUACAUCAGCCGUCGACUACCGCCUACUUCUGAGUGCUAAUCGGCCUGCCCUUGAAGAAUUGCCGCUAGGCACGACACAAAAGAUUUUCUUGGAUUUCGACGGUGAAAGUCUGGGCCCCGUCGAAGUGUCAAAUAUCAUUAUUGACAGUCGCGAAAUUCAACCACUAGCCAAUUCUCUUGCCGCGUGGGGGCUGGACGCGAGCGACGAAGACGCUGUGAUCGAUGCUAUUAUUGCCGUGGUUCAAGCAGAUUACGAUACCGUGGCCAGCAUCAAUCCCAACUAUGAUUUUGAGAUUCUUAAUAGUCGUGAUCAUGGCGACAUGUGGGGACAGCCCAAUGUCAGCCGGGUUAUCAUUGGUGCCAUAAGCGAUCCAUUACCAGCAGUGUCAUUUGGCAUAUCCACUGUUGACCCAGGCAAUUUUCUUACGGAAGAGACCGCAAUCGUUCAACUCAAUAAUUUCACUAAUUUUAUAAAUACAACCGAGCGUCACGAUUCAGUAUCGAAGACUGACCUGAUCGGCUUGGCUGUAGGAAGAGUAAUCUCGCACGAGGCAGGGCAUAAUCUUGGUGGGCCUCAUCUUGAGGGCUUUGAAAUCGACCCUACUACAAGUUUGCCAUUGCCAUUUGACAUCAUGGAAGGAAUAGGUGGAGGGGGCUUGGCCAACCGAGUCGGCUUGGGCCCAGAUGGGAUUCUUGGCACACUGGAUGACACCACGCCUGCCUUCGGCAUAGGGCAACCGGAAGGAGCCUUCGGCACAUUCGAUUUCCGCGAUGCUUUGGCAUGGGGAAUGAGUCAAGGAAAGGUUCCGCUUGCCGAUGUCGGGCCGGCGAUUGCGAAUGUCACUCCGGACCUUGGCAAGACGUUCGACCGUGACGUGACGACGCUUUCCGUCGAAUUCACCGAAGCUGUUACCGCCUUGACUGCCGGAGACGCGGACAAUUACGAGUUAAUCUUUUCCGGCGCUAACGGCUUGUUCGAAGGGGGGAGUGGCGAUGAUCAGACAAUCGCCCUAACGCCAAGCAUCAUCAACUCGACUGAGGUCGAGCUUACCCCCGCAGGUGGCGCUUUGUCCGUUGGGCGCUAUCAGCUUCGUCUGCGUGGGGAUUCCGGACCUGACCAACUUCUCGAUUCCGAUGGCAACCCGCUGAACAGCCUCAGCGGCAGCGCUGGCGGUUCUGACUAUAUUCAUGUCUUCGAAAUUGCGAUGGAGCCCGGCGACCUGUACGAGAUCACGUUAGCCGCGGGGGAAGGAUUAACCCUGUAUACUGAGACGCCGGGCGACCUGGGCAAUAACAUUUUACAAACACUCGACCCCAAGAUCGUCAUUCUUGAUAGCAAUGGAAAUCCGCUGGCCUCAGAUGCAAAUUCGGCGGCUGAUGGGCGAAACGCGGUGUUAGACUUCAUCGCGCCGUCUGCUGGUACCUAUCUUGUCCAGGUGCAGGCGACCUCUGGUGCCGGGGAAUACGUGCUCAAUAUACUGAGGAACGAAGCCCCAUCAGUCGUUGUCAGUGGUCCGACUGCCGGAGUUCGCGGUCAAACACUCACCUAUGCGUUAACUGCCAGCGAUUCGUCACACUUCGACCAGGCAGCGGACUUCACAUUCGAUAUCGAUUGGGACGGUGACAACGUUGUCGAUCAAACUGUCGUGGGUCCUAGCGGCACUCAAGUAACGCACGUCUUCCGCUCCGAAGGAGAUUUCGAUGUAAAAGUUACAGCGACUGAUAAGCUUGGCGGCGAAAGCACGAAGGAUGAACUUGAAGUUGACAUUGACGUAUGGUCUUUGCAGGCGGAUGCAAUUGACCCCUUAAAGACCAAUCUCGUUAUUGGGCAAACCGUCGGAGAUGACGAGGUUGGGAUUCUACAGACUGGAGCCAACUCCGUCGCCGUGUUGCAACAAAGAACGGACGAUUCAAGCCCUUUAGUUACAUUCUACCCAAGUGGUUUUGAUCACAAGAUCAUCGUCUUCGGACAGUCCGGGGACGACCAGAUAGUCGUGGAUGCAGACUUUAUCGUGCAGCUUUAUGGUGACUCAGGAAACGAUUUGCUCGCAACUGCAACUAAUGUGGGAUCGGAUCUCUAUGGAGACGAUGGAGAUGACAUCCUAAUUAGCCUAACCAGUGACGAUAGUCUGUCUGGCGGUUCUGGUCGGGACGUGCUCGUCUCAGGGUCUGGAAACGAUGUGCUUGAUGGUGGUGACGGGGAAGACCUAUUGAUCUCCGACGAUUCUGAUUUCCAUGGUUCCAAUGCAAUCAUUGACGCGGCCGAGGCCGUGGCAGCGGAGUGGACUUCGGGACACACAUUCGCCCAACGAGUGAUCAAUAUCUCUGAUUCGUCAAACGCCAGUGGAUCACGAUUGAACGGGAGCUACUUCUUUACGGCGAACGACACGAUUGAUGACGACGCUAAUGCAGACAGUUUGACCGGUGGUGCAGACGACGAUUGGUUCUUUUACUCUCCGGCCGACGAUGCCGUAUCAGACGCGUCGCAGGACGAAGAAUUCCACCUCCUUGGCAGUGAUGAUGAAUUUCCUCCUGUGAUCGAUCCGAUCGCUAACAAGAGCGUUGAUGAAGGAAGUCUCCUAACGUUUACAGUGACCGCCACGGACCCCGAUUCUGACGGCCUUACAUAUAGCUUGGCUUCGGGAGCUCCAGCGGGAGCCGCCAUUAACUCAAGCGGUGUUUUCACUUGGACUCCAACCGACAGUUCUGGCACGCCUUUUGAUGUUACGGUUGUAGUAAACUCUGUUCCCGAUGGGAAUCCUGUUGGAGAAGUCGCAUUAUCGUCGGAGUGGACAUUCUCUGUGACAGUCAACAAUUUGGUUCCCACCGUGUCAAUCAGUGCGCCGUCGACGGGGGUUCGUGGGCAAUCUCGCACAUUCACCUUGACGGCAACCGACCCCUCUUCCAUUGAUGCCGGCGACGACUUUGCUUUCGCCAUCGAUUGGGAUGGAGAUAGCCAAGUGGACCAAACCGUGGUUGGCCCUUCAGGUACAACCGUGGAUCACGUGUUCACCACGAAUCAAGCAUUCAAUGUCAAAGUUACCGCCACGGAUAAGGAUGGCGGCAUAAGUUCUGUUGAUACUAAAACGCUAACCAUCAAAAAGUGGGAAUUGCAAGCGGAUCCGAAUAAUCCUAGCCUGAUGAAUCUUUUAUAUGGGGGCUCGGAUCUAAUCGAUGACCUGGAAGUCGUAUCGUUCGAGGAGACCGCUGCCGACACAAUCAAAUUAAGCUAUGUCGUUGUAGGCCCCUCGGCUGAAUACACAGUGCAAACAAUCACUGGCGUGACUGGAAGAAUCAUAGGGUAUGGUCAAGCCGGAAUAGACCGCAUGCUGGCCGCCACCACGAAUAUUGCAGUUGAACUCUACGGGGGGCACGAUGAUGAUUUCCUGCUCGGGGGGCUAGCGGACGAUUAUCUGGAUGGUGGAACCGCUAACGAUAUACUUGUCGGUUUCGACGGAGCAGAUGUUUUGGUCGGUGGGAUCAACAAAGACCUUCUAGCUGGGGGUGAUGGCUCAGACUCUCUUUCCGGAGGUGCAGGUGAAGAUCUCUUAAUCGCUGACGAGACAAUUUAUGACAACGUAACGGAUUUCUUUGACUCAUAUACGGACAUCCACGAUGAGUGGCGAUCGAGUCGCACACUGCAAGACCGCAUUGACAAUAUCGAAGGCACUGGUUCGGGAGGAAGCAAUGGUACUACGUACCUCACGGCGAGCACCGAACUUCUACCCGACAGCCUUCUCGAUGAAUUAUUCGGUGAUGCCGAUCCAGAUUGGCUCUUCUUAGAAUUUGGACUGGAUGACGACGACAGCGAUACGAACGACGUGAAGACAGACUCCGUAGAGUCCACAUCUGUGCCAGUAACGAACCUUUUCGGCAAGUCUCGUCGAAUCGCCCAGUUCGAGUUGGUGGAACAGAUCGGUCAGGGGGCAUUUGGCUCAGUCUGGAAAGCAAUAGACUUACAGCUCGAUCGUACUGUAGCGGUAAAGAUUCCCCGGCAGGGACAGUUGGAUCCAGAUGAGGUCGAGCAGUUUUUCCGAGAGGCACGCGCCGCGGCACAGCUCAGUCAUCCGAAUAUCGUUUCUAUUCAUGAGGUGGGACGCCAUGACGAAACGAUUUACAUUGUUAGCGACUUCAUAUCUGGACUGUCACUGUCCGAUUGGAUCUCCGGCCAACAACCAAUGCCCCGUGAGGCUGCCCAGCUGUGUCUUACGGUUGCCAAAGCCCUUCAACAUGCGCACGAACGAGGCGUGAUUCACCGCGAUCUAAAGCCCGGAAACGUGAUGCUCGAUGAAGACCAGCGUCCACACUUGAUGGAUUUCGGGCUUGCCAAGCGGGAGGCUGGUGAGAUCACAAUGACUGUAGAAGGAAGAGUUUUGGGGACGCCAGCCUACAUGUCGCCAGAACAGGCCCGGGGAGAGGCCCAUAAAGCGGACCGACGAGCUGAUAUCUAUUCUUUGGGUGUAAUCCUUUUUCAACUGCUAACCGGGGAGUUGCCAUUUCGAGGCACCCCGAGAAUGCUUCUGCAUCAAGUGCUACAUGAAGAACCGAGGUCGCCGCGAGCCUUGAGCGAUCGCGUGCCGAGAGAUCUUGGGACGAUCUGCCUAAAGGCGAUGGCGAAAGAGCCAGCACGGCGGUAUCCAACGGCACAAGAGCUUGGGAAUGAUCUAUCCCGCUGGCUCAAUGGUCGUCCGAUCUUGGCGCGCCCCGUGGGCCGAGUCGAACGCAGCUGGCGGUGGUGUAAGCGAAACCCAUUUCUUGCCUUCACGACCGCAGUAUUAUUGGCCGUGUUCGCUGUUGGCACCCUAGUGAGUUCUUGGCAGUGGAUGCUAGCCCAGAAUAACUUACAGCUGGCUCGUGAGGAACGCGAUCGCGCAGAAGCCUUGGAAGAUGCGCGGCAGAUGCAGCUGUCCAGACUGUACGAGCGGGAAAGCGUGCUCAGAAUGAGAGAGGGAGACCUGCCAUAUGCUCUGUUGUGGGCAACUGAAGCACUUCAGAUACUUCCCAAGAGCCACGAACAAGUACACCUCCACAGAGUUCGCAUCGCUUCUUUCCUGAGGCGAACUCACAAACCUUCGAGAAUCUGGGCGACCGAUUCUGGUGAACCAUUGGCUUGUGCGGCUUUCAGCCGAGACAUGAAGCAAUUGGCCACAAUUACCCGUGACCGGAAACUAUGCGUUUGGAAUCCGGUAACCGGUCGUCCACUCGCCCCCCCAGAAGUUGUCGAAAUCGAAGCUGCCAGCAUACGGUUCAGUGAGGAUGGUACGAGGCUUGUCCUAAGUGAAAAGUCAGAACCCGCCCGCGUGUUGGUUUGGAGUAUCGCAACGGGAAAACCGGAAGCACUCGUUUUGGAACACUACUAUCCGGUACACCACGCCGAGUUCAGCUUUGACGGUAGUCUUAUUGCCACUGCCUCAGGGCCCAACGGUUCGGUUGGCUUUGCACGGAUUUGGAACGCGAGUACAGGAAAACUGAUUUCAACUCCCAUAAAACACGAAUACACGGUGUGGCAGGCUCGUUUCAGCCCCGACGCGACACGUUUCGCAACAGCUUCUGAUGAAGGGGCCGUGGGAUAUUCGCGCAUAUGGAAUACUACAACUGGCGAAGCACUAUCUUCGAAGCUUACGCACCCAUCUACCGUUCAUAGGAUUACGUAUAGCCCGGACGGCAGUUUGUUGGCAACGGCAUGUCUCGACGGAAUCGUAAAGGUGUGGGAUGGUGCCACCGGGGACAAUAUCGUCGACAACUUGCAGCUACCGUACGCAAUUGAGGAUCUGCAAUUCAGCCCGGACGGCAAGCAGAUCGUGACUGCGUGUUCGGGCAGAGAGGGGGCGGGAGAGGUUCAAAUCUGGAGGGCAGAAACUGGGGAUCCCAUAACCCCUGCAAUGAUCCACUCCACUGGGGUUGAACAUGUUUUGUUCACAUCUGAUGGCGAAAAAAUCGCCACCGUUAACGAGGAUGCAACAUUACAGUGUUGGAGUGCAACUACUGGACAAUCCAUCACGGCACCCAUGCCGCAUGAGAGCCGGAUCUGUGCUGCAUCGAUUUCUGAAGAUGACGAGAAACUCUACUCGAUAACGGAAAAUGGGAUCGUACGCGUUUGGCCCACCACACAAUUGGAUGCUCCACAGUGGAUUGCAGAUUCAGAACAGCUGGCGCAGGUAUCCAUUAGCCCAGGAAAUGAUCUCGUCGCAGGUGCUACCGGGUAUGGGUAUCGUCUAGCGCACAUUUGGGAUGCUGAAACGGGUAAACCCAUUUGCCCUCCACUGGACCACGGAGGAGAGCAUCGUGUCUGGGAUGUUGCCUUCAGUCCUGACGGACGCAGACUAGCGACUGCUGCAGAUCAUCAUCAAGACAUUGGACGAGGGUUUGCUAGGAUUUGGGAUGCGAAUACGGGAGAUCCCCUGACGCCAAAACUGGAACACAACUCAGACUAUGUUUACUCUUGUGAGUUCAGUCCUGACGGUCGGUUGCUAUUAACGCAAGCCUCGCAGGAGGUUCGAGUCUGGCGCACAAAAGAUGGAGAACCAACAGAACCGAAGAUCGAUUCACAGAUUUGGCCGCGUGUGACGUUCGCCUCGUUUAGCACCGACGGGCAAUUCCUACUGACGGCUUACGAUGGGCGACUCGUUAGUCUCUGGUCUCUGAAAGACGGAGUACGCAACGGUGUUGAAAUUGAGGCAGUCAGUGAUAUCCGCCGGAUCGAAUUGAGCCGGGAUGCGAAACGCGCUGCCAUUGUAACCAAGAAGGGCGAAGUUCAGGUGUGGGAAUUCAAAACCGGUUCGUUGCUUUUCAAUCACCGCGAAUACGGUGCCGGCAUCCGUCGUGCCCAGUUUUCCCCAGACGGAUUGUAUUUGCUUAUCAUGAAAGGAUGGCGAUAUGACAUGUGGCGAGGGUCGAAGAAGGUCAAGUUUGAAGCUCGCCUUUGGGAAAUUGCAAGUGGACAGCCCGCAGCUCCACCGAUCGGAGAUGGCACAACGCUGCAUUCAGCGCAAUUCUCUAGGGAUGGUCGCUUUAUUUUGACUGCUGCUGAAAGUGGUAACGCGCAGUUGUGGGCGGCUGACAGCUCACUGGAAGUUGGAUCUCCGCUCCAACAUCAGUCAUCCGUCGAAUUCGCUACUUUCAACAGAGAGGAAGAAUUGAUUGUCACAGGGUCAUGGAACGGUGAAGUCGGAGUGUGGACUAUCGUUCCGGAUACUCGUCCAAUUGAGCAGCUUGUUGCGCUAUCCAGGCUUAUUUCCAGCAGACGCAUAGACGACACUGGUGCCAUGGUGUCGCUCUCCAGGAAAGAAUUCUUGAGGACAUGGAACUUGGUAACUGCGAAGACCGGGUCGCAGUAG